AUGGGUCUGUUCAGCAAGCUCAAGGGCGACAAGGACAAGAAGAAUAACAGAAACUCUGUUCACGGCCACCACUUGCCGCCUCCCGGAAGCGCACCUGGUUCCAGCAAUCCUUCAGCCGGCGGAAGUGGCGCUGGUCUGCACCCACCAUCUCAGCCUGGACCCGACCAUAGUUCUGUUUCUCUUGUCCCUCCUCCCCACCAAGAGCCACCUUCCUCCAUCUCUCAGCAACAACAACAACCACUACCACAACAACAACCUCCGUGGGGCUACUCCCCUUCGCCAAAUCCGAAUCCGCAGGCUCAAGGCCAGCAGCAGUUCUGGCCACAGCAGGGGCAACAGUAUGGAGGGUUUCCGCAGGCCCCGUAUGGCCAGCCGAUAUACAUACUUCAAAAUGGACAGCUAGUACCCGUUUACACGGGACAGCAGAUUGGUGUUCCUCCAAAUGUCAACAUGGCAUCACCAACGGUCGUGUCGCCCAUCACCAAUGCAGAUUAUGGAUUUCAAGGGAAUCAAUCGCCGGCUCCGGUACCGUUCAGUAGUUCGUCGUACCAGAUUCCGCCCCUCCCGGUACCCCCUUCUGCGCCGCCUUCAGGUUUAACACCCAGCCUCUACACCACCCCGUCUACCAUCCCCAGUGCGCCUCCUUCUUCUAGUCCGUACUCACAUCCUGAAAACCAAGCAGUCUCCCCGGUGUCCCCUGUCAGCGACUUUUCCCAUGGUACCGCUUUCUCACAUCACCAACCACCUUCUUCUACCUUUACAUCGGCCCCGGUGGACCCUUCUGCGACACCUCCCGUUGUUCCUAAGCCGAUGGCGCGGAAACCUGUCCCUGGAGUUGGUUCAUCGAGCACACCGAUAUCUUCCACCCCACCACAGCUACCGCUCCCCACGGCCUCAGUGGUGACUCAAGGCAUUGGCUCGCUAAGCGUAUCGGACCCCCCGGCGUCGUCACCCGAGCUUCCCAAGCAGAAGGUUCAACUCUCACCGCAAAUGGAACAAAAAGUCGAAUUCUUGAAGAAUCAGGGAAACAGCAUGGUUGAGGCUAAGGACUAUGACCAGGCGAUCAUGUUUUACUCAAUGGCUCUAGACUACAACCCGGAGAGCGCGGUCUGUUUAUCAAACAGGUCGAUGGUUUAUACUCAAUUGCACCCGCCGAAGAUGAAGGAAGCAAAGGAGGAUGCCGAAGCAGCAACGAAAGCCGAUCCGUCGUACUGGAAAGGCUGGUCGAGAUUAGGCGAUGCGUUGUUGGGGAUGGGGGAAGCUUCUAGGGCAGUGGAUGCCUAUAAUAAGGCUGUUGAGGUUGGAGGGGCAUCGGUUGGACAGAAUACAAAGCAUUCACUGGCGAAUGCGAAGAAGGCGGCGGGCCAUAAUCAGUCGACUACGACAUCUCCCACUACCCCUGUGGCAACCCAGGCAUCACCAAGUGGGGCUAGGACAUCUACUCAGAAAACACCGACGCAAUCGAGCACACCGUCUCUCAAUACAUUAUUUUCUACUACCUCUGAUACUAGAGCUACCGGUGCAAAUCAAGUACCAAGGCCGGCUCCGGCUUCGACCACAGCAACUACCUCUACUAGUGUUGCUUCGUCUUCUACGGCUACCCAACCUUCGAGGACACAACCACCACCUGUCAAUACUCAAACUGCCCCUCCUUCACGUACGCCUGCAGCCGCCACGGCGACUACCGCCACGGCGACAACUACGGCAUCUGGAUCCUCAGCGACCCCAGCUUCGCCAUCGGCAAGUGCACCGGCACGGACAACUCAGGCGGCUUCUGGUCUCCCUGCAGUUUUGGAGGAGGCUGUUGCAAACGUAGAGGAAAUUGGCAAUUCUGAAGCUCCACCAGCAUAUGCGCCAAAUCCUAGUUCGACGGAUCCAACGAUUCGUCACAUGUCGCAACAAGCAGUCUAUUCCCAGGUUAUUGAGCUACGGAACACCCUUCUUGUUAGGAAUAAGGGAAGCUUUGUGAUCAAGCCUUACACUGCUGUUGGCAACAUCGAUGCGGUGAGAAUCGAGUUUGUGGGAAUGACUACUCAAGAGUUGACUCCGCGCGAGCUUGGUGUUCAUCCGGAUCAACAUCCCUCAUUUUCUGGAUACUUCGUUAAUAGCGUGUUGUAUCCUGGGUGUACCUUGAUCGAUCUGGACAUGGAAGUGUCAAAAAUUGGGGAAGGGAGGCUCCCAGGCACUUAUAGUGUAUCUGGGUACUCUGAAGUUUACAGAUCACAGCAGCUAGAAACAGCACCCAUACUCCCGAUUACCUUAUCAUCUGUACACACACUGCCAGAGGUAACGGUGGAUCAGAUUGUAUCGCGAAUGACAGUACUAAAGUAUAAUCGGCUCCUACCGGAGACGAAUAUGCAAAUGUACGAGAGCUUGAGAAAGUUCCUGGGUCCUGAUCCUUACCCGAAUCAGACGGACGCAGAUAAAGCGAAUUUGAGAAAUCAGAUCACUGAUAUCUGCUAUGUGUUGAACAGGGUAGAUGCGACAAAGUAUGUGGACAUGUCGAACUGUCGCCAUUUGACUAAUAAUACACUUGGGACGGUGGCGCAGGGGAUUGGGUUGAAGAACUUUUUAUUCCAGAUCCUUUUGGGCUGCGAGCUAUUAGUUCGAUUGCUAAAGGAGCCAGCAAAUGCAACCUAUACAGGGCUGAUUUCUCAUAAUAUUUCCGCAAAUCUGGUUAUUGCAGAUCUAUGGAUGCAGAAUAUUGAUACAAAACGAGAGACCACGCCUGCGGGGCUCCCACGGCACUUAUUGAUAUCAUUAGUGCAUCAACGACAGUGUGAGGGUUUGAUUAGAUUUGCGGAGACGUUCAAGUGGCCGUAUAUGGACGAAGCGAGGAAUUACAUUGAAGGGGCCUACAAUGAUUUGAUCACGGGCAAGGCGAUCGGAUUUGAUAUGUGUGAUUGGUUGUUUGGGUUGGUGAGGCCUGGAAAGUUGUUCAGGCAUCUGAUUAUGAAUUGCUUGGUGUAUUCGUCGCCUUCGAUUCGGGAUUUCCAAGGCGCGCCGACGUUUACAUGCGGACUAGUGCUCCUUAAUAGGAGUUACUGGCCUAGGAGGAGCGUGCUAGGCGGUGUUUUGGGUGGGUUGAGGAACUUGACUACGGUCUGUGGAUGGGUUGGGCCGGCUCCCAAGGCGGAAGGGAUUGCUCCGGGGUGGUGCCAGGUUGAUGCGAGAAAAGUUACAAUUCCGAUUCCCUGCACUAAGAGCCAGAGAACGGCGGAGGAGCUAGAGGAGGCUAGGAUUGGACCAGAUGGAAGAGUUAUGAAUGCUGAAGAGCAGAUCAGUGAUCUUGCGGAUAUCAACCAAUGGGCUGUUCCGUCGUUUCCUUCAAGAUCAAACCCAAAUGAUUCAACAGUUACCUUGAAGGGUAUUCGACUGCUUUUACAACAGGAUCAAGCUGUUACAUCUACCCUUACGCCGUUGAAGAUUUAUAGAGCAGCGGUGGAUUUUGACAUCUCAGGAACUGCAGUGUCUUACACGCUAUACUCCAACCCGACAUUUGUGACGGCACACCCUUGUGUUGGAAAUCAUUUGGCGCAUAGAACAGAGACAAAAGCGAUUCGAAAGACGAUCAUUCCAGCGGUGGAUUUGAAGGAGACUUAUCUGCAAUAUAAUAGCUUACUAGUUAUUGAUGCAACGUUGAAGGGGGAAGAGGUCUUGGCUAGGGCAUGGUGCUCGGAACGAGGUUGUAAUGCGGUUGUUUGGAGAGGUGAUGAAACGUGCUUUGCGUGUGCGGCACUUAUGACUAUGAGUACCAAUGGGCUGGGAUUUAAUGUGCUUAUUCGGAGUGUGUAA